AUGAUUCCUGUUCAUAUAACAACACAAUACACGACUAAAUUUUCUAUGGCUGGUUGCCUUUUUUUUCGAGAUAUGAAAAGGGAGCUGAGGAUUAGCACAGAAAAUAUGAAACAUGAUAAACUCGUCUCUAGUUUCGAGCAGUUUGAAUCUACUUCAUCAACCAUACUCAUAAGGAACGGCAUGCAAGAAUCCCAAUUUCAAAGUGAAGACAACAACGGCAGCAACACCAGUAUCAGCAUGAUAUAUGUUUGGGAACAUUGGGGUGGGUUGAGGAAUAUCAUCGAGCAACAAUUAAAAGAUUUUUCUGUGUUUUCCGUUUGGAGCAGAAACAACAUCAAUCUCGGUUGCCUAGAAGACAAUUACAGAAUGAAUGGAACAAAAUGUAAUUACGUUUGA